UGGAUUGUAUGAAGCGGAAAUUCGACGCGGUCAUGGCAACCAACUUCCCGACGGCAGCGAUUGUGCUGACAGACGAAGAAGAGAAGCUCUUCGACUUCCUUCUGGAUGUGGAGAAACAAAACAAUUGUGGCCUCAAGUUGCGAGUCGCCGGUGGCUGGGUUCGCGACAAGGUACGUCCUUCCUUGUUCACAAACAGGUGGACGUGCAAUGGUGCCACUCGCGUAGCUCCUCGGUCGCGCCAGCGACGACAUUGACAUCGUGCUGGACAAAAUGACGGGAGCAGCGUUUGCAGCGCUUGUGAAUGCGUACGAGACAGACCACGGACACAAGACCCACGCUGUCGGGAUCAUCAAGGCAAACCCAGACCAGUCCAAGCAUUUGGAGACUGCCACGAUGCAGCUGGGCAGUGGGUGGGUCGACUUUGUCAACCUCCGCGCGGAAACGUACGCGGACGACGAAGCCCAUCGCAUUCCGAGCAUGGAAUUUGGGACGCCGCUCGAAGAUGCACAGCGCCGGGACUUUACGAUCAAUAGUUUGUUCUACAACCUCGCCACCAAGGAAGUCGAGGACUUUACUGGCCACGGCUUAUCGGACCUUCGCCACGGCGUCAUCCGCACGCCGCUCGACCCUCGCAUUACGUUCCUUGAUGAUCCUCUGCGUGUGUUGCGGGCGAUUCGUUUUGCAUCGCGGUUUCAGUUCCCAUUGGCCCCUGACCUCGUCGAAGCUCUGGAACAGCCCAAUAUCCGGGAAGCACUGGUGAAAAAGGUGUCGCGGGAGCGAGUGGGCAAGGAGCUGGCUGGUAUGUUGACGGGGUCACAUGCGAACCCAGUGGUUGCCAUCCAGUGUUUACACCAGUUCCACCUUUUGGACGUGGUGUUUCAAAUCCCCGAGGGCCCGUUCUACUCUUUCCAGCCGGCGCAUACCGCGGCGUCGCCUACAAAGGUAUCGAUUCCGUCCAACUGGACGGACAAGGCAUUUGCUUCUGUUCAAGCUCUCCACUCCCUUCAGCUCUAUCGAAAAGACAAAGUGUCUGACGACACGCCCAGCGUGGAGACUAGCUCAACGACAGCAGAUGGGAUCGAAGUAGCCACGGAAGGUCGCGCUAACCGAGCUAAGCUCGAGAUGUUGGCAGCGGUGCUACUCCCGCUCGCUGAAUACUCGGUCUUGCACAAGAAGAAGCAUGUGCCGGUAGCCCACUCGAUCGUGCGAGAAUCUAUCAAGUUUGCAGCGAAGGAGGCCGAUCACGUCAGCCUCGUGGCACUGAACCAGUGCCGCCGCUUUGUUGCAAUCGCCAACGCACCGUUUGACCGGGUCCAGGUCGGAUUGCUCGUGCGGGAAGUUGGAGCACUCUGGACUGUGUGCGCCGACAUGGCGUACCUCGUUGAAGUCGUGUUGGAAGGGGUCGAUGUCUCGUCAGCGAGGGAAAAGUACGCCGCGUUAUCUACUUAUGUCACGCGUGAUGCCGCGUUGGACAACGUGUGGGAGAUGAAGCCGCUGCUGAAUGGCAAGGAAGUCAUGGAAGCACUGGCGUUAACGCCAGGCCCAGCGGUGAAGGCCAUGAACGACGCAGUGAUCGCGUACCAACUCAAGUUCCCGUCAGCCACGCGUGACGACGUGUUGACGCACUUGGUCGCGCUGUAGUUGCGGGAUUAGAUUAAAUGAUAAAGGUUUCCUUUAUUCAAUAUAUAAUGUGUGGAAAUAAUGC